UCUCUACUCCUUACUUGUUCAUUCAAGGAAGUAGUCACAUCACAAGGUCUGUGGUUUUCACCCGCUCAUUACUUCGAUAUUAUUCUUACAGCAUGUAUUUCGUUAAAAACGAGAAAUUGUAAAUUUAUUUUAAAAGUUACACUGUCUAAAAUCGUUGCCUUUGUUUUGAUAAAUGUAAAAGUCACUCCGAUUACGACAAACAUCUGUCCAACUUCACAAGCCCUGUAAAACAAAUUAAAAAAAAAAAAAAAAAAAAAAAAAAAAAAAAAAACACACACUUGGUACAUUUAGCUGGUUCAAUUCUACAACCAAUACAAGUCUGUGUUUCUGCUGCUUGGAACAACACGUGGGGAACAGCCUACAGGAAAGGAUUAAUACAAAGGAACCACUGGACACUUUGACAACAAUGAAGGAUGAAGUGAGAUACUCAGCUGAGCUGCAGAGCUUGGAUGAUGCGGAUGGCAACGAGUCUGACGACCCCGAAUAUGAAAAAAAUAGGGUUGUAUUUCAACAAGAAAAUGCAGAGAGUCGAGUAUCUCUUACUCAUGAGCAUCUGUCAAAGAGGAAAUAUCACCAUCCUCAAGGCAGAACAUCAUUUGGAAUGUCUGUUUUUAACCUCAGCAAUGCCAUUAUGGGCAGUGGAAUCCUAGGGCUUUCCUAUGCCCUGGCUAACACUGGAAUAAUACUUUUUGUGCUUAUUCUUGUGUCAGUUACAGUACUAGCACUGUAUUCAAUCCGUCUGCUGCUGCUGUGCUCCCAGAAAACAGAUUGCAUGGUCUAUGAAGACUUGGGAUAUGAGGCUUUUGGGAUGCCUGGAAAGUGUGCUGUUUUUGGCUCAACAUUUCUUCAAAACAUUGGAGCAAUAUUAUCCUACAUGUUCAUUGUGAAAAAUGAACUUCCGUUGGUCAUCCAGUUUCUUAUGGGUCUCGAAACGAAGGAUGAUCCUUGGUACUUGAAUGGAGACUACCUUGUUAUCAUGGUGACUGUGAUUAUCAUCCUGCCACUCUGUCUUUUAAAGUCGCUUGGUUAUCUCGGAUAUACAAGUGGAUUUUCCCUGGCUUGUAUGGUAUUUUUUUUAAUUGUGAUUAUCUACAAGAAGUUUGAUUUACCCUGCCCUGGCCUGGAAUUAAAUUUGACAAUGCAUGCUGCAAACAUGAUACCUGGUAACGAAACAGGAAUGUGUGAACCAGAGUAUGUUACAUUCAAUACUAAGACUGUCUAUGCUUUACCCACCAUCCUGUUUGCAUACGUGUGUCAUCCAUCGAUUCUUCCAAUCUACAGCGAACUUAAAGAACGUACAUCGAAGAAAAUGGAGCAUGUAUCAACAGUUUCAUUCUUGUCUAUGUUCUUCAUGUACAUCCUGGCUGCAUUUUUUGGCUAUUUUACAUUUUAUGAUCAAGUAAAUGAGGACCUGCUUCACACCUAUGAUGCCAGCUAUGACGUCAUGAUUCUUGUAGUGCGACUAGCCGUUGUCACAGCAGUUAUUCUCACAGUGCCAGUACUUUUCUUUGUUGUCCGUAGAUCUCUUUUGGAGCUGAUCAAGCAAAAAAAGUUCAAGUGGAAGCUUCACAUUAGCGUAACACUGGUACUUCUGGCAUUCUCUGUCAUUUUGGUUAUCUUCACACCUUCCAUUAAAGACAUAUUUGCUGUGAUAGGUGCAACUUCUGCAAACAUGCUGAUGUUUAUUCUUCCUUCUGCACUGUACUUAAAACUUGACAAGACUUUGGCAACCAAACAAAAGAUCAAGCCUGUUAGCUUCCUGAUAGCUGGGGUACUCUGCACUCUCAUCACUGUUCCCUUAGUUAUUAUAGACUGGGUGCAUGCAAAUAAGACAAACAACACUGGCCACUGAUCUCACAGAUCUCCCAUGAAAACAUCCUUUAACAAAAAAGGGAAUAAUAUUGAAUAAAAGGGGUCUGCAGUGGUUGAAAUCAGGACUGAGAAAACCCAAGUUAAUACAAAGAAUCAGUAUCAGUGUUUUUUUGGCAUCACUGGUAUCUCAGGUCACUAGUUAUAAAGAAUGCUUAUAUUC